GAUUCGUGAAGACGACGAGAGGAUGCACUAGAGGCAGAUCAACCCAUUAUCGUUAAAGGGGAAUCGUUUCGGUUCGCCUGCUCAACAGCAUCACACAACCAGUGACUUUUUGUCACGUUCACUCGUUUAAAUUAUAUAGAUAUCUUGGUGAUUGAUUUCUUCAUUCUUGGUUUGCAAUCAUCACAAUCCUUUCAGAAAUCAUGAAGUCUACUACACCAUCAUGGGCUGUUGCCCUUAUGGCGCUGUCUGUCACAGCGCCUCUGUCUGCGGCAGAGGCUGCGCCCGCCGGUGCGGAUGUUGAGCGUCCACAGUAUUACUUUCCGACAUACAUCAAGCGUGACCUUUUCGACGGACUCAAUGGUCUGUUCAACAAUGGCAAGGGCACCACCAUCAAGACUACCAUCGGCGGUUCACCUGCCACGACAGCCCCCACAACUCACCAGCCGACGACCACGCAUCCCACUACCGCGGCGACGACUUCUUCCAAGGAUGAUCUCCUUGCUCCCGUGUUUGGCUUGUUCUCUCCUCCCACGACGACGUCGAAGACCACAGCGGCAGCGCCCACUACUGCAGCGACCACCGCACCCACCACAGCGCCCGUCCUGGUCGGACUGAACACUGUCGUGACCACUUCUCCGACCACAUCGCCUGCAGCCCAGCCUACUACCCAACCCGCUGCCAACAACAACAAUAACAACGGCGGACUCAAUCUCGGACUGAAUCUGGGCGCCAACCUUGGUCUGGGAGGAAACGGAGACUCCAAAACCACAGCGCAGCCAGCACCUACCACGAGUGCGCAAACUACUGCUGCUGACAAGCCGACGACCACCGCUGCUGCUGAUAAAUCGGCUACCACCACCGUUCAGCCUGCGCCUACAACAGCCCAGCCGACUACUGCGGCCAACUCGAACAACAACGAUGGGGGCUUGAACCUUGGUCUCAACCUGGGCGCCAACCUUGGAUUGGGUGGCGGAGACUCGAAAACCACCACACAACCCGCACCGGCCACCACCGCGCAGAACAAUGCUGCACCCACGACGGCCCAGCCCACGACUUCCGCCAACUCGAACAACAACAACAAUGAUGGCGGGUUGAAUCUCGGUCUCGGCCUAGGUGCCAACCUUGGAUUGGGUGGUGGAUCUCAGCCUACGACGCAGCCUGCAGCUACCACUGCUGCACAGAACACUGCUGCACCGACAACAGCUCAACCUGCUCCUUCAAACAACAAUGACGGUGGGUUGAACCUUGGCCUCGGUCUGGGUGCCAACCUUGGAUUGGGUGGAGGAUCUCAGCCUACGACACAACCUGCAGCCACCACUGCAGCUCAGAACACUGCUGCACCGACGACGGCUCAGCCUGCUCCGACGAACAACAAUGACGGUGGGUUGAACCUCGGUCUCGGCCUGGGUGCCAACCUUGGUCUAGGCGGCAACGGCGGUGACUCCAAACCUACGAGCCCUGCUACCGGUGCUGCGGCCACUCAAGCGCCUACUACUGACAACUCCAACAACAACGGCGGUGGUCUUGGCCUGGGUCUCGGUCUCGGUGUCACCGCCGGCCUCGGAGGCUCCGCGCCCGAGACGCACGCCGCGUCCCCAACAUCUGGAGCGACAACCGAAAACUCCAACAACAACAACGGCGGUGGUCUCGGCCUAGGUCUCGGUCUCGGUGUUACAGCUGGUCUCGGAGGAGCCUCGCCUACGACAGCUCCAUCCACUGGAUCUACUCCCUCUACUGAGAACCCCAACAACAACAACGGCGGCGGUCUUGGCCUCGGACUUGGGGUCGGUGUCACCGCUGGCCUGGGUGGCUCAUCGCCCGAGACACACGCGGCAUCUCCGACUGCCGGAGCGACCACCGAUAACUCGAACAACAACGGAGGUCUUGGUCUUGGUCUUGGUCUCGGCGUCACUGCCGGCCUCGGAGGCUCGCCGACUACUGUUCCAUCUACCGGGUCAACUCCCUCCACCGACAACGGUGGCCUCGGCCUUGGUAUCGGUGUCACUGCCGGUCUCGGCGGCUCUAACCCAACCCAGGGUGCUACUACCAACAACGGUGGUGGUCUCGGCAUCGGUAUCGGUGCGACUGCGAACCUUGGUGGCAGCCCAGCACCUACCUCGUCCUUCACAUAUGCCGGCACCGAUGCUCCGGCUCCGACUACAUCACCUGACAGUGGUCUUGGUCUUGGUAUUGGGAUUGGUGCCACCGUAGGCGGUACUGGUUCGUCGCAAAACACUGCUGGACUUGGCAUCACGAUCGGAAAUGGAGGCACUGCAGCAACCACCACCAGUGCUCCCUUUACCUAUGCAGGCACUGAUGCGGUACCAACCACAACUGCUGGCAGCUCUCCUACUGGUCUGGACACUAACUUGCCUCCAAUCGUCACCGGCUCAACCCAAGCCACAGGCGCCACCACUGGUGCCACCACAGGUGCUACUACCGGUACUACAGGCACUGGUCUCACCACUGGCCUUGUCAACCGACACCACUGAUUCCACCGCCGCAACAACCAGUGUUCCUGCCAAGAUCA